CGAACCUUCUCUACGAUACCUUCCGGAUAUUCCUAAUAGUUGUUAGAGAGUUUAUGGUUUUCGAGAUGAAUCAUAUUGUGGAAGCCUUCAUUAUACUUCCUGGAGGGAUUGACACUAUCGAAGGUUUGUUCACCUUAAUCUCAUGGGCAUCUGAAGGGUUGCACAACAGACCUAUUGGUCUCUUAAACAUUGACGGUUAUUUCAAUAACCUAAUCAAGUUUCUAGAUGAUGCGGUGAGGCAGAACUUCAUGGCUUUGAAUCAGAGGAAACUGUUCAUUUCUUCUUUCUUUGUUGAUGAGCUUUUGGACAAGCUAGAGUUUGCUAAGGCUUUCCCAGGUCCUGGUGCUAGUUAUGAAGAGUUUGCAAAUCCUGGAAGAGAUGUCGCGGAGGAUGCGGAUGCAGGACUUUGAAAAUACUGACUCAAUGAUCCGAAAAUCGUUUUGCUCUGAUACCAAAAUGUAACACCCCAAUCCGUAUAACCCGGAAUUACACAAAUUAAGGUGAAACGAGAGUUAAAUAAAAAUUUCGCUUGACAUUCGAAAAUGACAAUUACUUAUAAAUAUUAAAUUUACACACUCUGGAUCGCGACCCAUUUAAAAAAUCUUUUCAGAGUAAUGCGAAAGUACAAUAAUAAUCAAAUCAUGACACAUUUAAAAAUCUGAUGAUCAACAUUUGCCUGCCAUCCUUGCAUCUCCUCUGACUCAAUGCCCUCCGGAAGUGGUUCCAACAUUGUCUUCUUGUUACCUACGUGUAGUCAACGAUAG